UUGUUGGUACUAAUUUGGUGCUAAUUGUUCCCUUCUCUGCUUCUCGAGUGAUGUCCCGAUUAGGAACAAGCUUUUUAGAUCGAACACCAGUGGCAGCACUGUUUAUUGGCGUUUCGUAGUCGUCUGCUACACUGUUUUGUAAACUGUCUAUGGCGGUUAAAGUUGUUACCGUGUUUAAAGGGAGGCAUAAAUGAGCGAUCCUGGCCCCUUGUUUUUCCUAAAUGUCUAUCAACGAUCCUCUUCUGAAAGAAUUGAAAAGUUUUGCGAGCUGUUUACUGAGAAACGGUGGGAAAUCUGUAACGGAUAACAAUGAAACGCUGUACCCAUUUUGUAUGUGUGUGGAAACGGUGCUUCAGAGAGGAUUGUCAUAUAUCCAUGGUCCAUUUGGAUUGAUAAAAACUCCACAGAGCUGGACAUGGCUGGAGCAGAUAGCACAGCGAUACCCAGGUGCUCCCUACUCUUAUGUGUCAUCAGUAAAUGAAGUAAGAAACUCAAAGAAAGUAACAACUCCAGUUGGUAAGCUGAGACUCCUGAUCCGUGUAUGCCUGGUCAGGAAGUGCCUACAUGUUCCUGUUGAACUUAUUGUUCGCCAUCAUGCAGCAGCAGGUGUGUACACCUCUGGCUCAAUUUUAAGUGAUGAGAUUCGAGGAGAAAUCCUUCUAUCAACAUUGAUGCCAUGCAGUCUCCUUAAUUUUAACCUUGAUCUUGACAAUAGUUCCUUUCUGGAUCACACAUGGGUGCUGCCAUCCUGUAUAACCACAGAGUUUGUGCCAUGCAAAGCACUUGGGCUUACUUUAAACUUUGUUGGUGGAAGAGCACUCAUUAUGCAUGUGAAGGAGGGCAGUGUCUCAGCAGAAAAUGGCUUGAUCAAGACUGGAGACAUUUUGGAUGAGUUAAAUGGAGUGCAUGUCACAAACUCGACAAGGAAAAAACUUGCUAGUAUAAUGAAAAAGAGCAUAGCUAAACCAAUCACUGUCAGAAUUAUCAAAGCCUUCCUACAUGAACCUGACAUAAUAUAUCCUCCAAUUCUCACCUUGCUACUUCAGGCCCAUCUUGAUCCAAAUGAGUUGGUACGGCUGCAUAAGGAAAAUGCAUUAGGUCAGUCCUUGACGAAACAAGUUUCGCAAGAUGCUCCAAGGAAAGAACUGGUCUCAAACAGUCAUGGAAAACCUUCAGUGAUGUCAACCUGUGACAAAACAAGCCCUGGGAUCCCUGUAAUGUAUGUGGGUGCUAUUGAAACAGGGAGCAAAGGCGAUGUAAAGCAGAUAAUGCCAGCAAUUGCUCGCAUCUUGAAAGAAAGAGAUUGUAUAAAGAAACUUGUGGUUAUUGAAAUACUAGAAAUUGGCAUUAGAGUCCUUGAUGAAGCCUCUGGAAUUGUGCUUCAAAAUCCAUCGUAUAUGGAAAUUUCAUCAUGUGGCCUAACAGUUCAUUUUCCCAAUUAUUUUGCUUACAUUUCUGGGGAAAAAUCUUGCAGCACUGCAAAAUCAUUCACGUGCCACAUAUUUUACAGUACUAAUGAAGAACAAGUACAGACAAUCUUAAGAUGUAUUGGUCAAGGGUUUCAAAGGACACAUUUUGCUGUGUGAAAUCAGAUAAGUCUAUCAAGAAACUGUAUAUAUUCCGCUUCAUAGAUGAUGAUUAUGUGGUGCACAGCAGUGUUUAGUGAUCAGUGAGGAGAAUUUCUUGACUCUCUUGUGUUUUAUAAUUGUAACUUGUCAGUAAUUCAGCUUCAGAGAAAUAGUGCUCAGUGUUGAGAGAUCUGUGUUAGUUCACUAAACAUAUCAUUUCUAUAUCAUAACAUGUAAGUAAGAUUUAAUACAAUUUUAGUGUCAGUUUAGCUUCAGUGAAUAAUGAAAGUUGGUAUGUUACCAUAACUUUUACAUGAAUCAGUCAAAAAUUAAAAUUUCAACUCACAUGCUUCAGUAGCAUUUAAUUUUCACUGCCAUAAAGCAUAUUAGUUUCAGUUAAAUAAGAAAAUUUUAGUACCUGUGAACAAGGUUGUUCUUAUCUCGUCCCUUGUAUAUUUUUUUCAGUGUCCCAUAUCCCUAUAACAGUAUUUUUAUCGAGUAAAAGUAUUCUUCAAACUGUUGCUGUUAUGUAUUAAAAUUUGCUUACUUUCUUUCAAUCUUAAUUAUUGUAAAAUUAAUGCUGUAUAUUGCGUACAUAUGAGUGUGUGUAAUGAUGUGUGUAUAGCAAGUAUUAUGUUGUUGCACUGUUUCAAAAAUGGCAUUAGCAAAUUAUUAGAGACAGUGUUCUAAUUUGCUUUCAGAAACUUUUCUGCUCAUUGUAGUUGACCCCAAGAAGAAUGUGUGCAAAUAAUUGCCACUGGAAGUACAAAUUCAAUGUGAUAUUGUUCCUGGUGAUGAAUUUUAACUCGCACCUCAGUAGUAUGUAUGCAUCAGGCUAUUUCAUUGCUGAAGAUUAUGAUUCACCAGAUAUAAACCUGUCACAGGAUACAACAAAUUCUGUUGAUGCAAUAAAAAGUGGCUUGACACCAAA